AUGCAAAUUGCGGAGCAACUCCAAUAUAUCGCAGAUUGGUUAACUACACAGAGCGCGCGGCGCGGCGCAUGAGCUGGAACCGGUGCGCGCCCCUCAUCAUUCAGAGUGGCCCGUAAAAUAAGGCAGAAUAGAGUGUUUUAUAAUCACAGCAGUAUGUUGUCCCCGUGGCCCGAACCUGCAACUUAACCCUAAUUAAUUCGGAGGAGUCUGUGGGAGGACGGCAACACUCAGGCAUCCCGGGACCGGAGAGAAGAAACCUCUCUGCGAGCUCCUUGCGCAAAGGGAAUAACCAGAGUGUGACAGCGCUUGUCAGACUCGAGAAAAAGACUGUGGACCCGAGAGGACAAGCGGGGACUGACGGAUCCUGUAAAGUUUCUCCGUGUGUCAGCCUGCUUUUUUUAUUUUUCUUCUUCGGAGAGAAAGUGUUGUGGAGGGUUAGUCCCUCUCCGAUGCGUCGGUCCCCCUCGUAUACUGAUGGACUGAGUACGGUGACAUUUGGAAUAGCAUUCCCCUGUUUUCAUCUGUGUUAGACGAUAUCUCAGACCGAAAUGCUGCCCUGCAUCAUUUUCAUCGGCUUGUUUCUCACCGCAGCCCGGUCCCAAGAUAUCCAUCCCUCACAGGCAUCAUCCUCUAUAAGUGAGUCUUGUGACUCCUUGUGCUCCUGCGAGGGGAAAGAUGGCAUCCUUCAUCUUAACUGUGACCAGAGAAACAUCAGCAAAAUCUCCCAAAUCAAAGUCCCGGCAGGUGUGCCCUUCCACCUGAACCUUUACAAAAAUGACUUGGUUGAGCUCCGUGCCGAGGAAAUGGAAGGGCUUAAGAAUGCCAUUUCACUGCACAUUGGGGGUAAUAGCAUUCAAGAGCUGGAACCAGGGGUCUUUAGCACUCUCGGUUCACUGAAGAAACUCCACAUAAAUAGCAAUUUCCUCGUCACUCUGAAAGAGGACACUUUUCAAGGUCUGGUGAAUUUGGAGUUUCUCCAAGCUGACACGAAUUUCAUUCGGGUCAUCGAGCCUGGGGCCUUCAACAAACUGAUCCGCCUCAAGGUCCUCAUCCUCAAUGAUAAUUCCGUAGAGUUUUUACCGAACAACAUUUUCCGGUUCGUGCCCCUCACCCACUUGGACCUACGUGGCAACAAGCUCCAGACACUGCCUUAUGUCGGCUUUUUGGAGCACAUCGGACGUAUUAUGGAACUUCUCCUGGAGGACAACGAGUGGAUCUGUGACUGUGAUAUUUUACAUUUAAAAAUCUGGAUGGAGAACAUGAGGGCCCAGUCAGCGAUCGGGGAUGUGGUCUGCAGCACACCACAUCACCUUAAGGGGACCAUUCUGGCUAAAGUCAAGCGGGACGUUCUCUGCCCAUCCCAUGCAGAUAUAAACCUGGAGGAGCCGUCAAAGUCGCUGGAUAUGGUCGUCACCCCCUCGUCCAAAGGGAGCCCCAAGUUGAUCGACGCCAAAGAUGACGCCAAGGUGCCGACGCCGUCUCACAUUCCCGGCAGCCCUUGUGUGGAGCACUGUUCUUGUCACAAUCACCCUGUGGCUGGGUUUUUGAUGCAUUGUCAGGACCGAGGAAUUCAAAAGGUAUCAGAUAUCGGUAUACUUCAGCAAAGCCCCACUAAACUAGUCAUGACAGGAAAUAUGAUUCAGAAACUCUCGAAGUAUGAUUUUGUCACAUACGACAGUUUAGAAUUGCUGAACUUGGCCAACAACAGAAUUGAUUACAUUGACAAUGAAACAUUCCUCAGCUUGAGCAGUUUGAAAAAACUUUAUUUGAAUGGCAACCGAAUUGAAAAACUGUUCUCCACGAUGUUUGUGGGGCUCCACAACCUUGAAUACCUGUAUCUGGAAUACAACCUUAUCAAAGAGAUUGCUCCAGGCACAUUUAAUCCCCUGCCCAACCUGAAGCUGUUGUCAUUAAAUAACAACCUCCUCAGCUCUCUUCCAGCGCAGAUAUUUCGCAAUGUGCCCCUCACCAAAUUAAACCUGAGAAAAAAUCUACUUAUGCACCUGCCAGUGAGCAAUGUGCUUGAUCAACUCGACUCGCUAGAGCAGAUUUAUUUAGAGGACAACCCCUGGGACUGCAGCUGUGACUUGCUCAGCCUCAAACAAUGGGUGGAGAAACUCAGAAAGGACACAGUGGUGGGCUUCAUUUUGUGUCACACCCCGAAGAAAGUGAUGCAGGCCGAGCUAAGGAGCCUUCGUCACGAGAUGUUAUGUCCUGGGUUGGGGACUUACUACCCUAUGUCCCCAGAUGGGGAGGAGAGCGUGACGGCCACCCUGGGGCCCGACAGCGCUGGCAAGGGUUUGUUCAGCUCACUCACGGACACUGUCCCGCUCUCUGUGCUCAUCUUAAGCCUUAUAAUGUUUAUCCUCAUGAUUAUAUUCUGCAUGGCCGGAUUGGUGGUGUUUGUGGUGCACCGGCGGCGGAGGAAGGCAAAGAAAAAAGCAGCAGAGGAGCAGCCCAGGGAAAACACCGGCAGCAGCCCCAUUCACCUACAUUACAGCAUGUACGGGCAGAAGACAACACACCACACUAUGACACAAAGAACGGGGUCUGCCAGUCUGUACGAAGAGAGAUCGCAUAGUCCCGUUGUCCAGAUCUGUCGUAACCCCACCUACUGCUCCCAGCACAAGGAACACGACGCAGAUUUGGAUUAUGGCCUCGACGAACCCAGCGGCAAGCAUCACGUCUGCCGGAGCAUCAUGGAGAAGGAGAACACGUCUCCACUCACGGGAAACCCCAGCUCAAAGUUCCGACCGAUGACCGGAGAGUGCCCCGCGGAGUUCGUCACUCUAGGAAAUCCCAACUCCUUGUACAGGAACAUUCUGGAGAGGGAGAAGGAGCUGCAGCAGCUUGGAAUAACGGAGUACCUUCGGAAAAACAUGCCCCAGCUUCAGUCUGCUGUAGACAUGCAGGUCCCGGGACACCAGGAGGAGUUAAAGCUAAUGGAGACAAUUAUGUACUCGCGACCACGCAAGGUCAUGCUUGAGCAAACUAAGAACGAAUACUUUGAACUCAAGGCUAACUUGCAUACUGAGCCAGACUAUUUGGAGGUUCUGGAGCAUCAAACUGCAUUUAACUGAACUUAAGCAGUAAAAACAACAACUAUAUAUAUUAUGUUUUCAACCAAGUGCCUUGUCCCGUUUGCCCUUCUGUACUUUCCACAGUGUGAUAUAUAUAUCAUGGGCACAUCACUUUAAGUUUAAUCGUAGCACAGAAUGUAACUGGUUUAGUUUGUGUUACCGUUUAUCUGUUGACAGCCAUGUUAUGUAGCUGGUGAAAGGUGUAGUCAUUUAGGCCAAAUGUAACUUAAAGAAGCUAUCGUUGUGUGUUGCCUGGGCCUGGGCUGAAACCCUCUUUGAAAACAACUCAAUCAGCUUUUGAUGAUUGAAUAAAUUUCCAUGGCGUAUUGCCACCAAAUGAAUUGAUCCGCAAAGCUCACACACACUCCAGUCUGACAUCCUGAUAGGAUAAAGCAGAUGUUUGGAAAGAAGUGAGUGAAUUCCAAUCGCCGCUUGACCCAGAAUUGCUGUUUAAUCAGACUAUCCUGACUCUAGAUAUGACCUGAUUACACCCUCUGUCAACAUCAGCCAGCUGGAAUGCUGUAACCAGAAUGCUCAUUGUGCCGUAGAGUCAGCAAAAUGCCAACUGUACAUUGGAAAACAGUGAUAGGAGUGUGGUUCCACUGCUUUUCUGCUCAAUCCAAUACACUGCACAGUUGCAGUCAUAGGUCCUUUAUUUAUUUUUAUAUACAAACUGGUGGCAUCCAGAGAAGGAUGUUUUAUUUUCUGUCAAUCGGUAAAUACAGCACUUAAAGUACUGUAUAUUAUACUCAACUGUAACCUUGUAAAAAGAAAAAUGCAUUGCACUAAUCAAAUGCCAUGGGAUGGUGCAUGACAAUCAACAGAGUCCUGCUGAAACCUAUUUUUAUUUUUGUUUUUCUGCUGGAAAAAAAAUGAGCCACAAACGUGUAUGAUCUUUCAGCGUGUGUUUGUGUGCACGAGCGUAUGCGAGAUAGCGUUUCACGACACUAUUUGACGCUCAAAACAGCAUUUAGAAACGCCCCUCCGUCCUCAUGCUGACUGGCUGAUUUGGAACUGUUUCGGACUGAAUCGAGGCGGGGAAUAUUAACCGGUUUGCACAUGAACGGUUUCUGACGAGCAACAUCACCCAAAAGCUCCAGUUCCCCAAGCAGACAACCUGCCGACUGACUGCAGCCAACUGUUUCUCUGUUUCAAAGCAAUGGACUGCUGGCGACUGACAUUUGCAAUGUCGACAUUGUCAGACAUUACACGAUACACUCCAUUAACACUCCUGGAAACAUUCUACUUUGAGACGGUUCAUGUAAGCACACACUCUGUAGCUUUUCUACUCAACUACAUUGAAUUAUUCUAUUUAUUCUGUAUAUUUUGUACAUACUAAUGUUCCAUUAUAUCUUUGUUUUAUGUGUGCCUUCAGUGCUGUACAGAAUAUAAACAGAAGCUGUAACUGCUAAACCGGAAAUAAAGAGUUGCAAUGUUACAUAAACUUGA